UGAAAACGGCUUAGCUAGCAAGCUGUCAGUCGUAAUUAAAAAGGGGUUCACUAUAGUUUCACUUUAAAAUUACGUUAGCAUAUUUUUCAUAAUUUACUCCGUGGUUCAGCACAGGCGAGGCAAACUGGAUUGGCUGCCUUUCAAUGGAGACGCUGUCAAAAACACCCGCUGCUGAUGUUACGCGGGAGAAGGAGCUCUGUCCACCACCACCACCACCACCACCCAGUGGAGUAGUAUCUGACAGCCUGUCCCUGCCAUCUUAUAAAGAGUAUCCUGCUCACCGUCCCUUCAUCAACACACUUGUGCAUCACACACGUAGAGCACGCACACAUCAGCCAUGUCGCCCAUCAUCACCCAGCAAGGCAUUCCCAGAGACCAGCAGUGCAGCGAUCUUAUCUGCCUUGAGGAACCUUCAGGAGAAGAUCAGGAGGCUGGAGUUGGAGAAAGGACAUCCAGAGCUUGGUCUGCAAACUGUAGGAAAGGAUGCAUCACACACACAUCUACAGAGUGAGAACGUCACACAGAGACUCUUAAAUAAUCAGGCCGACACAGAGAGAGAAAUGAGUGAGCCAUCCGACUGUAACCAAGUGUUGAUCACCCACCUUGCCGCUGCAGAGUCUCGCUGUGUGAAGCUGGAGCGACAGCUGGAUCACAUGAGAAAGAUGUUGCGGAAUGCCAAGGCAGACAGGACCAGCCUGAUCAGACAGCAGGUUUCCAUGGAUACAGCCAAGUUACCUGAUCGACAGCCGGACACAGUGACUGAGCAUGCUCAGUUGGAGAAGCUGGAGCGACUGGAGCAGGAGUAUCUCAGGCUCACACGCACACAGAACAAUGCUGAGAUGAAGAUUCAUGAGCUAGAGAUAAAACUGCAGGAGGAGGAGCACCAGAGGAAGCUCAUCCAGGAUAAGGCCAACCAGCUCCAGACAGGUUUGGAGGCCAAUAGGAUCCUGCUGCAGUCAGUGUCACCUUGCCUGUCCACCAGACGGUCCAAAGAGAGGAAGUCCAACUCACAGAAAUCUUCACCACAGCAGUCGUCCCACACACAGCCACAUUAUAGACUGAGCCUCAGAGAUGUGCCUUUUGUUGCUGGAACGUCAGUGGGCUGCAGCCACUCAGUCAGAGCAAACGUCCAGUCGGUUUUGUCACUCCUGAAGCGACACCAGCCACACCUCUGCAACAGCCGCGUCCUCUCCAACCACACAAACGGCUAUGAGACAGCUGGCUGCAGGCAUUCAGACAGUUCCUGUUCUUCUUCCUCUGCUAGUGGGGAGGAGCUGUCAGAGCUGCUGCAAGCACUACAGGAGGAGCUGCGGCUCAUGAGCUUGGAGCAGGAUGAGCUGAUGAGGCAGGUGGAGGACAGCGUCUCUGAACAGGAAAGAAGAGAACUUCAGAGGGAGCAGGAGCGGCUGCUGCUGAAAAUGGAGAGGAAGGGAGAGCAGAUCAGUAAACUCUACAAACACAAAACACAGAUAAAGAAGUUGAGAAAGGAAGCUGGUUCAAGGCCUAACAGUAGGAAUGAAGUAAGCGUGACUACCACAGUGUCCACAAGAGGUCGCUCUGCCGGAGCAGUCAAAGUCAGACCAGGGGAGAGAAGCAAGAGGAAUCUGAGGCUGCUGAGGGACAUGAAAGCUCUGCAGACCUCGUUACGGACCUGAAACUCACAGAGAACAAGGUUACUUUUGUUGGUGCUUUCUACCUAUGACCAUUAUUUCAACAUCAGCACAACCACUGACUGAAAAUCACUACAUGAACAUGACGGACAAAGCUUGUGUAAAUAAGUGUAUUCAUGAACAUUUGACCUAUUUCUUGUGAGAAAGAUAUAUUUUUGAUAUAUCAGGAACAUUGUAACACAUCUAAAACACUGUACUUUAAACAUGGACUGAUUUUUUUUUUUUUUUAACUUGAUGUUUAAGUCUUUUAGCACCAGAGGGCGUCCCAGUUCUUAAACACAACUUAGCUAUAUGUAUGACGGAGACGAUGAGUGCUGGAAAAUAUAUUUUAAUGUUUCAUUUUCAUUUUAGUUUUAAACAUUUCAUGAUGCUUAACAUUCCUGAGUUGCUUGAUAGUUACAAAUUCUCAAAUUUCAUAAACAUAGUGGACGCAGCAGCCUUUGGUAGUGUGAAGAAACUGCAAUGAUUAAAUAGAGUGGUAUAUUUUUCCGCAAUUUGAUUAUCCUAAUGAUGUGCUUAAGGACUAAAAAAAUACACUGUUCUGUAUUUGGUUAAAACGACUGAAUCCCUGUGAUGUGUGUAUAUGCACGUGUUGUGUGUUAUGAUCAUAAUAUUUGUUAUUAUUUCUACUAAUAUAUUUGGGAGGAUUCUUUUAUAUUUUGACAAUCAUGGCCUAUUUCUGAAUGGAAAUGCAUUUCUCUGAGAAUCAUGUUUGUUUUUGCAUAUAACUACAGUCUUAGAUUGUUUUUUGUGGCUUAGUUGUUUCAGUGACAAAGAUUAUGCAUUGGCAAACAGCCAUGGCCAGGUACUUGCUUUUAUUUUUUUGUAGAUGUUCCAGUGAUCCACUUUGCCCUUGUGCCCUUUUAUCCGUACCAUGCUGUGUUGCAUUUGAGCGACUCCUGCUUGGCUCUCCACUUUGACAGAUUUGUCCUCUACCUUUGAUGCUGGCAUCAUGACGUCAGUAGACAUCAGACCUCAAUAAAAUCACAAAGGUCUUAAAACAAAUCUAAUCUGUGCUUAGUAUACACUACCAUUUAAACAAACAUUUUU